CUCGGAGGUCUUUCGACUGUGACAGCUAGCUAUCUUGCGAGAGUACGCGGUGUCAGGGAGACCGGUCCAGAGACUCCUUGGAUCCGUGCUAGAGAUCUCAAGGCGUUCAUCCGUCAUAUCACAACUUACAUCCACGAACAUGGGCAUGAAAGUGGGCAAGAGCACAAUGACACUAUUUGGUGGUAUAGAGCAAGGUUUCAGGACAUCAUGGAAAACGUUGCACGAAAGUCCGAGCCGCCGACGAUGCGAAGCGCUCCAAGUCAUGUAUGA